AUGGAGCACGCCAUGGCCUUUAGCAGCGCCGAGCAGCGGGCCCAGCUACAUACCAUGUGGGCUAAUCAGCAGCGCCCGCAAAAGGAGGUGUCCAUGUCCGAGGUUGUGGGCGAGGAUGAAUUCGCCAACGACCCCGAGGUUAUGUACUGCCUGCUUUCUCCCGAGGAGUCCCUCGUCAAGGAACGCCUCUGGGUCAACGAAAACCGCGACUGGCUCCGCAAUCAACAGGAGAAAGUCUUUCGACGCAAGGCCGAGGCUGACAAGCCCAAGGCCACUCGGCGCCGCCGCAAGAAGCCCCGCAUCGGCGAAGGGCAGACGAGCCCAGCCAGCACCGCCGCCGAGGCUGCCGUCAAUGUCAUGAAGGAGCGCGCCUUCUCCACCCGCAUCAACUACGAUGCCAUCCGCAGCCUGUUUGACAUGCCUAGUCCCCCGGCACUGGCACGGCCACGAGCACCAAGACGAGCUACGCGGGAAGCCAAGCCGGCGCUGGGGAUGACAUGGCGGAACCCGCCGAGAGUGUAG